AUGUUGUUGUAACCAUGAGAUUAUUAUUAUUAUUAUCCCUAAACAAUCUUUUUUUAUAGUCAUGUUUUUUUUGUUCAAUAAUAAUUUUUUUUCUGCAUAUAUAACACUCUCUGAAAUUGCACUUCAUACUUUUAACUGAUACACAUGAUGGAACGUCCAAUUGCUUAUUUAACAAGAAAAGAAGUAAUAUCCAGCUGUCAUCGUUUACACAACGAAACUUUAACUGACGAAGAAAAUAAAAAUAUAUAUGGAAAGUGUAAUAAUUAUUGGGGACAUGGUCAUAAUUAUACAGUGGAAGUGACUGUAUGUGGACCUGUAGAUCCUGUAACAGGAAUGGUCAUGAAUAUAUCAGAUCUGAAGUUAUAUAUGAAAAAAGUGUUAAUGGAUCAGCUGGAUCAUAAAAAUUUGGAUAAGGAUGUACCUUAUUUUAAAAAUAUUGUUUCUACUACUGAAAAUGUAGCCAUUUAUAUCUUCAAUGAACUAAAAAAGAUUAUGCCAAAUUCAGACCUUCUAUAUGAAGUGAAGAUCUAUGAAACUGAUAAGAAUAUUGUUAUUUACAGAGGAAAUCAAAAAUAAAAUGUUAAAUUUGUCUAAAAC